AUGGCCGACUCCAUCUCCCUCCUCGCGGCGCUCAAUUGCGUCUCGGCAACCCAUCUUGUCAUCGGUUCCAAUCCUCUGGCGGCCGCCCGCUGCACCCAGUCUCUCAACGCGGGUGCCCACCCCGUGGUCAUCGCCCCUGCGACAGCAGACGUCCACUACGGUCUCCAGAAGCACAUCGACGCAGGUACCGUAAAGUGGCUCCAGCGUGAGUUCCAGGAUGAAGAUCUCUUCACACUGGGCCGUGAAGAAAUCGGACAUGUCGUCGAUGCAGUCUUCGUGACCGUCGGCCCGCGCAGCCCAUUGAGCGCCCAUAUAUCUUCCCUUUGCAAGCGCAACAGGAUCCCCGUCAACGUCGUCGACGCCCCUCACCUCUGCACCUUCACCCUCCUGUCCACCCACGUCGACGGCCCCCUCCAGAUUGGCGUCACGACCAACGGUCGCGGGUGCAAGCUCGCCUCACGUAUCCGCCGUGAGAUAGCCGCUUCUUUACCCCGAAAUCUCGGCGCGGCGUGCGCUCGGCUGGGCGAUCUUCGGAGACGGAUCCACGCGGAGGACAGGCCUUCGGGCCAUGCUGAGGAGGACGUGGACGACUCGGUGGACCAGGCUGCGACGUUUAAUAAGCUCGUCACGGACGCCGAUCUCGAUGCCGCGAGGAGCAGGAGGAUAAGGUGGCUCUCGCAGGUGUGCGAGUACUGGCCCCUGAAGAAAUUGGCGGCCAUCACGGAUGCGGACGUCGGUGCCGUCCUCGCCUCUUACAACCCUUCUUCGUCCAUCCCAUCAUCGGCCGCCACCUCCCCCUCAAACGAACCCGCUUCCUUCCUCAGCAUUCCCCAAACGCUCUCUUCACCCCAGACGUCCCCCUCUCCCACCCGGCGCGGAACCCUCAUCCUAGCCGGCAGCGGGCCCGGCCACCCCGACCUCCUCACCCGCGCAACCUACAAAGCGAUCCAAUCCUCCCACAUCAUCCUCGCCGACAAGCUCGUCCCUUCGCCUGUCCUAGACCUCAUCCCCCGCCGCACCCCCGUCCAUAUCGCCCGCAAGUUCCCCGGAAACGCCGACCAGGCCCAGCAGGAGCUCCUUGAGAUGGCGCUGGCGGGCGUGCGCGAAGGAAAGACCGUCCUCCGGCUGAAGCAGGGUGAUCCCUUCAUCUACGGCCGCGGGGGCGAGGAGGUUGAUUACUUUAGGAAGGAGGGGUGGGGUGAUCGGGUGCUCGUGUUGCCUGGCAUUACGAGCGCGUUGAGCGCGCCGCUGUUUGCUGGGAUCCCUGCGACGCAGAGGGAUGUAUCCGAUCAAGUGUUGAUCUGCACGGGGACGGGGAAGAAGGGGAAGGCGCCGACGCCACCCGAGUUCGUCCCCACGAGGACCGUUGUGUUCCUUAUGGCUCUGCAUAGGAUUAGCGCGCUUGUGAGGGAACUCACUGCCUAUACGGAAGAGGAGGCAGAUACAGGCGAGUACCCCGUGGGAGAGAGGAACGCCAAUGGCGGCACGAAAUCGAGGAGAACACUCUGGCCGCGUAACACGCCGUGCGCCGUCAUCGAGAGGGGUAGCUGCCCCGACCAACGAGUCAUCCGUACGACACUGGGCUUCGUCGCCGAGGCCAUCGAAGAAGAGGGCAGUCGACCGCCGGGUCUACUGGUCGUCGGUAAGGCCUGCGAAGUGCUCUUCACUUUGGAAAAGGGCAGGUGUUGGGCAGUAGAAGAUGGAUUUAAGGGUUUGGAUUUAGAUGAUUUAGUCUCUCUAUAG